CGGGGCAGUGCAGAUAGCAGCGCAUUUAAAACCGCCCAGGGAAGAUACCGCAUUUACGAGGCUAGUUUUGUUUUUUUGCUUCCUCCCUCCCUCCCUCCUCGCCCCGGGUUGACUCUGUCCGGUCCACAAUGAGUUGAUCGAGAGAUAGGCAACACCGGUUUACCUGAGGAAGUCAUUUUUUUUUUUUUUUUUUUUAACCCCACCAGACACUUACUCUGCUGUGACUUUUAUUUCAUUUCAUUGGAUUCCGUGUCGGACUGCUGCUGCUUUUGCUGCCAUCCUGAAAGAAAUAGGGGGACUCUUGCUUUUGUCAACUCUAGAGUUUGCCUUUUGAAUUUAAAGAAAAGCAAGGUUAUGUAGGUAGGCAUUGCUGUCGGGUACAUCACCGCUCCGUUGUUUACAUGUUGUAAUUGGAUUUUCCAUCAUUUCCAGCAGCAGCAGCAGUAGUAGCCUAGUAGUAGCUCAGGGUUUCCUCUCUUCUCCUCCUCUUGUUCCUCCGUCUUCUGUUUGGAACUUUUUUGCCGGGUCGUCCAGGUUGUGUCGAGGCCGGUGGUGGUGGAGAAGAAGAAGAUGGGACUACCUGCUCUGGAGUUCAGUGACUGCUACCUGGACAGCCCGCAGUUCAGGGAGAGACUCAAGUCCCACGAGCUGGAGCUGGACAAGACCAACAAGUUCAUCAAGGAGCUGAUUAAAGACGGCAAGGCGCUGAUCCUGGCUUUGAAAAGUCUGUCAACAGCCAAGAGGAAAUUUGCUGACUCUCUCAACGAGUUUAAAUUCCAGUGUAUUGGAGACGCAGAGACAGAUGAUGAGAUAUGCAUAGCUAAGUCGCUACAGGAGUUUGCAGCGGUCCUACAGAACCUUGAGGAUGAGAGGACACGUAUGAUUGAGAAUGCCAGCGAUGUGCUGAUUAUGCCUCUGGAGCGGUUCAGAAAAGAACAGAUCAGUGCAGCCAAGGAAGCCAGGAAAAAAUAUGACAAAGAGACCGAAAAGUAUUGUGCAGUGCUGGAGAAGCACCUUAGCCUUUCAGCAAAGAAGAAAGAGUCACAUCUACAUGAGGCGGACAACCAGGUAGAUAAUGUACGGCAGCAUUUCUACGAGGUUUCUCUGGAGUACGUCUUCAAGGUGCAGGAGGUCCAAGAAAGGAAGAUGUUUGACUUUGUGGAGCCUCUGUUGGCAUUCCUCCAAGGCCUGUUCACCUACUAUCACCACGGCUAUGAGCUGGCAAAGGACUUCAACCACUUCAAGACUGAUCUCACCAUCAGCAUACAGAAUACGAGGAACCGUUUUGAGAGCACGCGGUCGGAGGUGGAGAGUCUGAUGAGGAAGAUGAAGGAGAAUCCACAUGAACACAAGAGUGUCAGCCAGCACACCAUGGAGGGAUACCUGUUUGUGCAAGAGAAGCGCUCAUUUGUAUCUACCUGGGUGAAGUACUACUGUACGUACCAUCGUGAGCCCAAGAGGAUCACCAUGGUCCUGUUUGACCCUAAAUCGGGAGGGAAAACGGGAGAAGAGGAGAGCUUCACCCUCAAGUCGUGCACCAGGAGGAAGACCGACUCGAUAGAAAAGAGGUUCUGUUUUGAUGUGGAGGCUGUGGACAGACCGGGAGUAAUGACCAUGCAGGCUCUGUCAGAAGAAGACCGCAGGCUGUGGAUGGAGGCCAUGGAUGGGAGAGAACCGGUAUACAAUCUGAACAGAGACAACCAGGCUGAGGGCAUGGCCCAGCUGGAUGUGAUUGGUUUCAAUGUGAUGAAAAAAUUCAUUUAUGCAGUGGAGACUCGAGGUAUCGAUGAUCAGGGCUUGUACAGAAUCGUUGGCGUCAACUCCAGAGUACAAAAACUACUAGGCCUCGCUAUGGAUCCUAAGACAUGUGCUGAUGUGGAGCUGGAGAACUCAGAGUGGGAGAUCAAGACUAUCACGAGUGCUAUCAAGCACUAUCUCAGAGUGCUGCCCGGACCUCUCAUGACGUACCAGUACCAGAGGAGCUUCAUCAAAGCAGCCAAAUUGGACAACCAAGAGGCCAGAGUGACAGAGAUCCAUGCCCUGGUGCACCGGCUGCCUGAGAAGAACAGACAGAUGCUGGAGCUGCUUAUAAAACACCUGGCAACUGUGGCUAAUCACCACCAGCAGAACCUGAUGACCAUCGCCAAUCUCGGUGUUGUCUUCGGUCCAACUCUGCUCCGCCCACAGGAGGAGACAGUGGCAGCCAUCAUGGACAUCAAGUUCCAGAACAUUGUAGUAGAGAUCCUCAUAGAGCACCAUGAGAAGAUAUUCAGGGACGUGCCGAUUUCUGUAGGUGGUCCGACCAACAUGCAGCUCAACCUGUCCAGGAGGACAAGCACCGAGAGCAAAGCCCCGUCCUGCAGCGAGAGGCCGCUCACACUCUUCCACACACCAACACAUUCCCAGAAAGGUGAAAAGAAGAACAGUGUUGUCAACACCACGGUCGCUGAGCUGCAGCAGCCGGUUUCUUCCUCUACCAACUGUAACAGCAGCAGCAGUAGCAGCAGCGGCGGCAGCCAAGGUCGAACCCCGAGACACAGCCUGACCAGCAACGACGGAGAGCAGGACACCCGGCAGAUCCGGCCCAGCUCACUGCUGAACCCAAAGUGUCGUGGCAGCAUACCAACCAGCCCAAUGUCUCCCAGCCCCACCUCACCACGUUCUCCCUCCUGGCCGAUGUUCUCAGCCCCAUCAAGUCCGCAGCCGACAUCCUCUGCCUCCAGUGACUCCUCCCCUGUCAGUAUUGCAGGCAGGAAGGCUCGAGCACUGUAUGCCUGCAAGGCAGAGCAUAACUCCGAGCUGUCCUUCAUCGCUGGGACCAUCUUUGAGAACGUUCAUGCCUCCAGGGAGCCCGGUUGGCUGGAAGGGACUCUGGACGGGCGAACAGGAUUGAUACCAGAAAACUAUGUUGACUUUUUAUAGUCCAGGGCUGAGAAAAAGUCUUGAACUGGACAAUACUGGACUGGAGUUGACUGUAGAGGACUAGAUUUGACUGGACUGGAUCAUUGUUGAUGAGGCCUCUCUUGUCUCUUGUCUUGACAAGACUGGGAAUUGAAACUGAACCAAGCAGAAACAUAUGGAAUGGAUAUCAAGCAGGGCCAGAGAAGGACCCCUUGAAUUGCACUGAAAAAAACAAGAAAAAAACAAAGAUGAGUCCCACUGUGGUUCUGCUGUUAUUGGAUUAGUGUAGAUUACUUCCCAAGUCCUGGUGAAGAUAUUGUGGUAAUGAAUCUGGAAUGUGUGUAAAAAGAAAAGUGUGUGUGUGGGGUGGGUAUAAAUGAGUUGAUAAUUCUGAGCCGUAAGGCUUUUCAGCCCUUGCUUUAUUACUUUGGACUGCACUGCCAUUCCUUUAGAAUCUCCUCUUUUUAUCAGCCAGAAAUAUAAAAAUCGUCCGGAGGAGAUGAUGGAGAUGAUGACAGGGAACAAGAUAAAAAAGCAAGUGGCCUUUAACUUUGGACUUGCUAGUUUACCUCCUCACUGUGCGCUGUUUGAACCGGACCGGAGCUUUUAAAGCCAAUUUAAAUGAUUGGGUUUUGGUUGUACGGCUGUAAAUGUGUUUGUGAGCACUUGCUUUGGUGGUCUGGUAAUUCCCCAGUACAAGACUCAACCUGGCUAUUGUUUCAGAGCUCUAGUUCAGCAGCAGGAGCCCCAGGGCAGAUCAGCUCAGGAUGAGGUCACCUCCAAAACAGUUCACCAAAAGGUCAUUGUUGGGUCUAUCCUUAUUUAUAAUGCCUCUCCCUGCAGAACCCUCACAAAAAAAAUGUGAAAAAUUUAAAACGAGCACCACAAGCAGAUUUUACAAUGGUUUGUAAUGGUUUACAGUGCAGUGUAGGAGUAACAACUGAUUCCUGCUGGUUAAAACAAGCCCAGCUGUGAUGCCUUGCUCUGCUUCCCCAGCUAAGUUAUUUUUUGAUUGUUGGAAGUAAUUGGAUCCAGUAUUGUAUAUAGUGUUGAGUCAUGUUAGAACCAUUUCAGGAUGUUGUAUUUUUCACAUUGCAGGUCACCUGUUUACUAAACCAUCAAUGUUGUUUUUCAACCUCAUUUCAGAAAUACGUUUAGUUUGAUUAAUCAUAUGUAUUUAUUUGAAGCCCGGAUCUAUUUCUAGUUUUAACCAUCAUGCAGAUUCAAUCAUUGAGCAAACAACUGAAGUAAUUUCAAAGAUAAAAUAUGCAUUAGGUAAGUGAUGACUCAACACAAAGGUCUUUUUCUGUUACGUAGAAUCACAAAGACGAUGCUAAUGUAAUUAUCUGAGGACGGACAUUUGGAACCAGAGUUUACAGCCAUGGCUGUCAUUUACAAGUUAAUGAAAUGCAAAUGUAUUUUUUAGAGAAUCUCAGUCAUUUGAAAUCAUUUUUCAGAAUUGAGUAGAAUUGAGAAAGUUUUGUACUGUAUAUGCUAAGCUGGUCUGCUUUGGGGCUCCAAUGAAUGUCCUCAUUUCAUGAAUCAAAGCUGAACUUUUUCUUUGAACCACUUGGUGAACAUCUGUAUCAAAGGUUUUUGUUUUAGUUUCUGUUAGGACAGAAUUUUGAAAGACCAUUUUAGCAUUUUAACAUAAAAAUCAAAUGGGAGAGCAAAAAAUCUAAACUAAAAUGUGAAAUGAGACUACUUUGUUUAAAUCUGAACUUCUUAUUUAUGAGAGUUUCUUACAGCCUCAAUCCUGAAUUGUAUUCAUUUUAAGGUGUUUUUUUUGACAUUGUAAAUAAAUACACAGCAUUUGAUAAGGUAUAAUUUUUUUAAGUAUGACAUUUUAUAUUUUGUAUUUUUAGCAUACUAACUUAAUUCCUUAAUUCCAUCUUUGUUGCUCAGAUGAUUUUUGUAUCAUUUAAAUCUAUCUACAGCCUUAAAUAUCAUUUCAGAUGUUUUGGUUAAUUGACAAGAUUGUGCAGAAUAAAAGACAAAUGUUCAACAGCUG